CCUCGGAGGCUCGGCUGGCUUGGCUCGGGCGGCAUCAACUCUCCCCUUCGUACUCUCACCAUAACCAUCUUGCCUGAUGGAAUCUGCCAACAUAUAAUUCAAGGAACACAAAUCUGGAUGCUGGUGACUAAUGGCCAGCUGAGCUAAUAACGCCCAGCUUGCGCCAAUGGAAGAUGCAAGCGACAGCAGCAGGGUGGCACUACCGUUGGAUAACGAUGAUCAGCUCUCCGGACGGACGCGCUCAGAGAGCGCAAGCAGCGGACAUAAGCGCAGCUCAUCCGGCUCCCUAUUAUCCAAACUCUCUUUUCUCCGUAUGAUACAAGCGACUCAUAACAACCCGGAGCGGGCUCAUUCCGGCAUCGACCGUGAUGAUAGCGAUGGUUUUGGUUCUAGUGUACGGGGGGGCAGAGCAAUGGCUAGCGCGCUACAACAACGAAGAACGCGAAGGAGGAGGGGUUCACUUCGAAAAACCGCCCUACUAGGCACGCGGUUUGAAUAUCGAGAUAAAAAAGCCUCCCGAGCACCGAUCGACAUGCCACGGGCAGAUGUUAUCGGACAACAGCAACAGCUUGCCACGGGCUCACGAAUGCAACAACCGUUACCUGACACCGUUUCCCCAGACCAGAUCGUGCCCCACGGAAAUGCAGAACAAGAUAGUCGUCCGGAAGAUAUGGUAUGGGAAGGUUUCAUGAAUACGCAGCCAAAGUCACUGGAUCAAUCCGCUCAGCAUCACCGGCAGAACCGCUCCCAAAACAGUAUCCUUGGCGGAGAGAUAACUACUGAUGAUGAGGAUAUUGUGUUUUUUCCUCCUUCUAAAAAUACAAAUGCCGCUGUUGCUGCUGCUGCGGGUCUACAUCUUCAGUCUGCUUCUUCGAGCUCGGAUUCCUAUUAUGCGCUUUCAGCGGACUCAACGUACCGAGCUAUGCAUCGCACCAAAUCUCCUCUUGCGACGCAUGCGGUUGACAUAACUAGUAGUCAGGAUAUGAACUGGGAUUACUCAGAGACGGAGUGGUGGGGCUGGAUUAUUCUGAUAGUGACAUGGCUUGUUUUCGUCGUGGGCAUGGGCAGUUGUUUUGGUGUCUGGAGCUGGGCUUGGGAUGUUGGAGAAACUCCUUAUGCGCCUCCGGAGCUUGAGGAUGAUCCUACACUCCCUAUUAUUGGGUAUUAUCCUGCUCUGAUCAUCUUGACGGCCGUCAUGUCAUGGGUAUGGGUUGUGGUUGCGUGGGUGGGCAUGAAAUAUUUUAAGCAUGCCAAUAUAUCGGGUGACGAUACAUAAUGCCUGCUAUUCCUGUAUAAUACAUUUCUUUAUUUUAUUUUGUAUUGUGAUUUCUUAAACGGCACGAUGCCAAUGACCUGGAACUCAGGACACCCAAUGUGAUAACCUAAUUUCUAAUUAUAACCCCGAAGAGACCCAGUCAAGACUAUGUGUGCUAAGAUUAAAUGAUGUACCCCCAUAUCAGAGACAAAAAGAAUACCCCGACCCAAUACCAACGCCAAUGACCUCAAUUGUUGGUUAUCAUUAAGUCCAGCUUAAUACCUCGAAGCAUGCAAAAGCCCUCAAUGUGAAAUUGCACAUUU